CCCCUACAUCUAGGGUGACUGGCGCUGGGAGAAUGAAGCCUUCGUGGCUGCAGUGCCGGAAAGUCACGGGCGCGGGCGCGCUUGGGGGACCCUUGCCCGUGUCCAGUCCGGCGGCCCAGGCUCGCGGAGCCAGCGCGGCCAGGCGCGCUUUCGUGGCUCCGGUUCCGCGGGGCGCUCUCGGGGCCCAAGGGUGUCGCGCUCUGUCAAUGGGAGGCGGCGGCGGCGAGUACAAGACCCACUUUGCAGCUGCAGUGGCAGACCCCGAGAGAUUCUGGGGACAAGCUGCUCAGCAGAUCAGCUGGUACAAGCCCUGGACCAAAACCCUGGAGAAUACUCAGGCGCCUUCCUCCAGUUGGUUUGUUGAAGGAAUGCUUAAUAUCUGUUACAAUGCCAUUGAUCGUCACAUUGAAAAUGGGAAUGGAGAUAAGAUUGCCAUCAUUUAUGACAGUCCUGUUACAAAUACUAAAGCAACGAUUACUUACAAAGAAGUUCUGGAACAGGUGUCUAAGCUUGCUGGUGUUUUGGUUAAGCACGGUGUCAAGAAAGGUGACACUGUAGUCAUCUACAUGCCAAUGAUUCCACAGGCAAUGUACACCAUGCUGGCAUGUGCGAGAAUAGGAGCCAUUCACAGCCUCAUAUUCGGGGGCUUUGCAUCCAGAGAACUAAGUACCCGCAUUGACCAUGCAAAGCCUAAGAUGGUUGUGACAGCGUCGUUUGGCAUUGAACCUGGAAGAAAGGUUGAAUACCUGCCCCUUCUAGAAGAAGCACUGCGCAUUGGACAACAUAAACCUGACAAAGUCCUUAUUUAUAACCGUCCAAAUAUGGAAUCAGUUCCCCUGGUAUCAGGCCGGGACCUUGAUUGGGAUGAGGAAAUGGUAAAAGCACAGUCACAUGACUGUGUUCCUGUCCUUUCAGAGCAUCCUCUGUACAUACUUUACACAUCUGGAACAACUGGACUACCCAAGGGCGUGAUAAGACCCACAGGGGGGUAUGCUGUGAUGUUAAACUGGACAAUGUCAUCUAUAUAUGGACUCAAGCCUGGAGAGGUGUGGUGGGCAGCUUCUGACUUAGGCUGGGUAGUUGGUCAUUCUUAUAUCUGCUAUGGACCUCUUCUACAUGGGAACACAACUGUUUUAUAUGAGGGCAAGCCUGUGGGAACCCCGGAUGCAGGAGCGUAUUUCCGUGUGCUUGCUGAGCAUGGUGUGGCCGCGUUGUUUACUGCACCAACUGCCAUAAGAGCCAUUCGUCAGCAUGAUCCAGGGGCUUCCUUAGGGAAGAAGUACCCUCUGACCAGGUUCAAAACUUUAUUUGUGGCUGGAGAACGCUGUGAUGUGGAAACCCUGGAAUGGUCUAAAAAGGUCUUCAAAGUACCAGUGCUUGACCACUGGUGGCAAACUGAGACAGGAUCUCCAAUUACAGCAUCAUGCAUUGGACUAGGUAAUUCUAGAACUCCUCCUCCAGGACAAGCAGGAAAGAGUGUUCCUGGCUACAAUGUUAUGAUUUUGGAUGACAAUAUGCAAAAACUGAAGGCUCGGUGCUUAGGAAACAUUGUGGUAAAGUUACCAUUACCACCUGGAGCUUUUUCAGGACUCUGGAAGAAUCAGGAAGCUUUCAAGCAUUUAUACUUUGAAAAAUUUCCUGGAUAUUAUGACACAAUGGAUGCUGGCUACAUGGAUGAAGAAGGCUAUUUGUAUGUUAUGUCUCGAGUUGAUGAUGUAAUAAAUGUAGCAGGUCAUAGAAUUUCUGCUGGUGCCAUUGAAGAGUCAGUCCUCUCCCAUGGCUCUGUGGUGGAUUGUGCUGUUGUGGGCAAGGAGGAUCCACUGAAAGGUCAUGUCCCAUUAGCACUCUGUGUGCUGAGAAAAGAUAUAAACACAACAGAAAAACAAAUUGUGGAAGAAAUCGUGAAACACGUCAGACAGAGCAUUGGUCCAGUGGCUGCCUUUCGAAAUGCAGUGUUUGUCAAGCAAUUACCUAAAACCAGAUCCGGCAAAAUCCCCCGGUCCACGCUAUCUGCCCUGGUCAAUGGCAAACCCUACAAGGUAACACCUACAAUUGAAGACCCUAGUGUUUUUGGGCAUAUCGAAGAAGUGCUGAAGAAGACAUCAUGAGAUUUUUUUCUCUUUACAUUUUUUGAUUCAAUUUUAUAAUAGUAUUUUAAUUAAAACUUGUUUAGGACAAUUUGUAAAUCAAAAUUCUAUUUGCAAACUAAAUGUGAAUUGUAAAGGUCUAGGGGCCAGAGUGAUAGUACAGUGGGUAGGGAGGGCAUUUGCCUAGCAUGCAGCUGAUCUGGAUUUGAUUCCUGAUAUCCCAAUUGGUUUCCUCAGCCUGCCAAGAGUGAUUUCUGAGCUCAGAGCCAGGAUUAACCCCUGGUCACUGCUGGGUGUAGUCCCAAAUCACAAAAAAAUUUAAUUAAAAAUAAUAAAUGUUUAGGACACCAGUGAAGGCCCUAUCUUCUCUGUUAAAUAUAUUAAUGGCCUGUAACAUGCCAUUUAGGAAAAGAUUCUUAAAUGUUUCUUUAAGAAAAAGAUAUGUGGUGUCAAUUUUGAAGAAGUUGAAACCCCUCAGGACAGAACAUAUAAAGCAAAUGAUUGAGCACAUGCCUGGCCUGAUCCCUUCUCUCACAAAGACCCAUA